GUGCAAGAGGAGGAAAAGACGGUGACGGUCGGAAAGGUGGGAGUUCUAGUUGAAAUCGGAAGGAAAAUUGAGUCACUCUGGACUGAUUUGGGGGCUCAUCCCGGGAUCCCAAGCUCCGGUCGCUUGGCAUUUUUGGGAAAACGGAGAAGGUGCACCUCGUUGAUUUCAGCGGUCUCUAGUUUCCCUCCUUGCUGCGGCGGCUUGGGCAAUCGUGAUCCGGACUGGGAGACGCUGGAAACAAGACGGGCAUACGUGGCGGGUUCUGUCAGGUAACUCUUGUGUGCACAAGACCCAGGUAAGAAAGGUCUUAAAAGAAUUAUCUAGGCGACCGGGGUAGGCAGCGGUAUUUGCUGCCAGUUGGAUAUAUCCGGGUGACCGGCAGCGGUAGUUGCUGUUGCCAGGUGGACAUAUCCGGGCGACCGGGUUAGGCGAAUCCGGGCGACCAGGGUCGGCAGCGGUAAUUGCUGCCAGGUGGACAUAUCCGGGUAUUGCCACAGGACGGGGCUCGCUGAAACGACCAGGUAACUGUGUACAGACCAAGGUUAAAAAAAAUGGACCUUUAAGUAUUGCCUUGGUGGUCGGGGAUGUACGAGAAGUAUGGGGAAUUGGCAACAUACUUUAUUUUAUAUUUAAUUGGCUAGAUUAAUCUGACGAGGAAAGUGCCUACCUGAUUCGGCCACCCAGCCUUAGACUGGUUGUUAAGAGGGGAUUUCCCCCACGCGUAGGUCAGGACCCUGAAUAGGGUGUGGAAGAAGGUGACACCGGACCUCAGUAAGGUUAAUUAAAUUACGUAAAGAAACAGCCGAGUAUUAAAAUGGGAAAUAAGAAUAGUUGUUUAAGUGUUAAAGGAGAUAUGAGAGGGAUGUCCGAGGACCACAUCCCGGCGGACAGUCCUUUAGGAAAAAUGUUAAGAGAUUGGAAGUACAAUCCUCGGACGCGAGGAAAGGAUAAAAAUCAAACGAUAAAAUGUCAAUGAGAAACAGUUGGGACAGAUUUGUAGUAUCUCAGAGGGAGAGAGUACCGCCCCAACAGACUAAAUACCCCUCCAGCCCCUCUCCCUUUGCUGUGUGAUCCAGUCCCAUUCACUGAAUGAUGAAGCUCAUCCCAUGACAGUGAAGAGGAAUCCCACCACUGACUUCACAAUGGGGCCCCUCUGAUUGACGGCAGCUUUGGCCCAAUAGGAGGCUAGUGGGCAGGACUGAUGGACCAUGCAGAAGUGGCUCAUCUUCUAACCAAUGGGCGUGAGUGAGGGGCGAAAGCAGCGGGACCACACGUGAGCAUUGACUGCACAUGCACCAUCAGACAGGUGAGUGCGAGGGGAGGAGAAGACUGAGACGGCUGGAAAGGUGGGAGUUCUAGUUGAAACCGAAAGGAAAAUUGAGUCACUCUGGACUUGUAGAUUUCAUAAACACUCAGUGUAGGCUGCUAGACCCGAAGUAGAAACUCCCGAUUCCGCGGCUCAGGAACCGCCGCCAUCUUUAUCAGGGGCAAGGCACAGGGAUGCACGUGGUUUCUAGGCAGAGGUGGGUGCUGCAGAUUGUACGAUAAUAAUUGAGACUGGGAUCUCAAAAACAAAUUGUGAUAGUCAGCAGAGUCGUCAGGAUCUGAGUAUCAUUGUCAUUUAACUGUGGACGGUGAAAGGAUUUUGAGCAUUGAAGGAAAAAGCACCAUUCACACUGGGGAGAAACACGUAUCGUCUGUGUGUGGAACAGUCUGUGAAGAUUCAUCUGAAAUGUCCAAACGCCAGCGCAAUCCCACUGAGGAGAGACCAUGGAAGUGUGAGGAUUGUGGGAAGGGAUUUCUUUACCCAUCCCGUCUGGAAACUCACCAACUCAGUCACACUGGAGAGAAGCCAUUCACCUGCUCGGAUUGUGGGAUGGGAUUCACUCAGUCAUGCCACCUGCUUACACACCAGCGAGUUCACACUGGGGAGAGACCAUUCACCUGCCCCGAGUGUGGGAGAGGAUUCAGUCAGUCCUCCGGCCUGCGGAUACACCAGCGAGUCCACACUGGGGAGAGACCGUUCACUUGCUUCGAUUGUGGGCAGGGGUUCACUCAGUUAUCCAGCCUGCAGUUACACCAGCGGGUUCACACUGGGGAGAAACCAUUCACCUGUUCUAAAUGUGGGAAAGGAUUUGCUCGAUCAUCCCACCUGCUGAUACACCAGCGGGUUCACACUGGGGAGAGACCAUUCACCUGUCCUGAAUGUGGGAAAGGAUUUGUGCAGUCAUCCAAACUACAGAUACACCAGCGAGUUCACACUGGGGAGAAACCGUUCACCUGUCCUGAAUGUGGAAAGGGGUUCAUUUGCUCCUCUAAACUGCUGGAACACCAGGGGGUUCACACUGGGGAGAAACCAUUCACUUGCUCAGUGUGUGGGAAAGGAUUCAUUCAGUCAUCCAAGCUGCAGAGUCACCAGCGAGUUCACACUGGGGAGAAGCCAUUCACUUGCUCCACUUGUGGGAAGAGGUUUAGCCAAUCAUGCAACCUGCAGAGACACCAGCGACUUCACACUGGUGAGAAACAUUCACAGAGUCAACUCACCAGCUGAUGCACCAGUGAGUUCACUCAGGGGAGAGAUCUUUCACUUGUUCCAUAUGUGGUUGGGAAUCACUGUCAUCCAUACUGGGUGGGAAUUGGUCACAUGCUCUGUUUAUGUAAAUGGAUUUACUAUUUGCAAAUGCCCCAGUAAAUUCACAAAGAAUCACAGGUGAAGGGUUUUGCUUUUCCUUACACCGAGGAAUGUAGCUUGGUCAUUGGGAUGUUUGUAUUGAUAUAAAUAAACCCAGCUCUGUUAAAGUGGCUGACGAUGUAGGUAAAUGUUGAUAUAAUUGUGUAUAUGUAUGGUAUGUUUUAAAAAUGAUCACAUUGUAAAUAUGUUGUUGUACAGUGACACUGGGUAAAGUCUAUCCGCAAUGAGUGUUCUAUUAACGAUCAGUGUGGCGUUUUGAUGCUGUUAAUGAUAUCCAAACCAUGUUUUCUCGACCUUUUUCCGAUGAUGGUUGUAAUGAGUUCCUGACUAUCUGACAGUGGUGGAUUUGAUGCUACUUUUGUCUAUAUCCAGAAACGAGUG